AAAGGCAGACGCUCAACUGACUGAGCAACCCAGGCGUCCCGCUUUUCAGACUUUUGAGACAGGGCAAGACACCUAAAACUUGUGCUGAUGGUAUUGCAGAUUGGGACUUUCCACAACUGAUGAUACUCUGGAAAAAUCAUCCAUAGGAAACUACCCUAACAGACCCUAGAUCUCAGCUUCACAGUUCACAAAUGUGGCGAGGUACUUUGGACUUGUGUUUUAGCUGGUUGCCUCUUUUUGGCCCUGUAAUUGCUCUCUCCGCAGAGGCGGUGAAUGGAGAAUUCUCCCUAAGGUCAGCGUUUAAUUAAUUGCCUCGCUUUGGCUGCUAUAGUAUUCCAAGCAUCGAUCCUUCUUUUUAAAAUUGUCUGGAGGUUGCCAGCACGUCCGACCUCGGUCUUCCAGGGACUGCCGUGAGUCACUGAGAGGAGGGAGGCGCCUUGUGCAGUUUACUAUCUCGGUGGGCGGUGGCCCGAGGCGCGGGACCGAUCGGGUGACUAGAUUGGGCCUUGCCCCUGUCCAUCAUCGGAAGGCUCUCCGCGGUGACUGUUUUGCAGUAAGAUUUGGAAACUGAACACCGCCUAUGGAAAAGAGGGAGGUGAGGGUAAACGUUGUGCGUAUUUCCCCAUUCAUUGGAUGGCUGCUGUGUCAGUCAUACUCUGCCCAGUCUCGUUGGCUGGAAGGCUCCAGGCAGGUAGCGUGGACGCGGUGCUGCCCCCUCCUGAGCUGCGAACUAGGCGCGUGACGUCUCAGGCGUUUGUUGUUGGGGUUUGGGCCUCAUUAAUUAUUCAUCAGGUACUUGAAAGGGCUGCAGUGAUUGGUAGCUGAGAGGCCUGGUCGAUUGUUCCUUAGCUAGAGAUACGUGUCACCCUCUACGCGGCUGGAGAAGUUUCGCAUAAAUUAUCCGAUGAGGGGCGGGGCGGGGCCACGCAUACAUUAGGCAAAUACGCCGAGGAGGGAGGGGAGGCCGGCUACGAAUUAGCCUAAGUUAUUAAAGAUGGCGGCGGAGCGGAGUCGCUCCCCAAUGGACUCGCCGGUCCCGGCCUCUAUGUUCGCCCCCGAACCCAGCUCCCCGGGAGCGGCCAGGGCCGCGGCGGUUGCCGCCCGGCUCCACGGCGGCUUCGACUCGGACUGCAGCGAAGACGGCGAGGCGCUCAACGGCGAGCCGGAGCUGGACCUCACCAGCAAGAUGGGACUGAGUAUGGGCUGAGUGAAGCUGAUAUGGAGGCCUCCUACGCUACAGUGAAGAGCAUGGCGGAACAGAUAGAGGCUGAUGUCAUCCUCCUGCGGGAACGUCAAGAAGCUGGGGGCCGUGUGCGUGAUUACCUGGUCCGGAAACGAGUAGGAGACAAUGACUUCCUGGAGGUCAGGGUAGCAGUAGUAGGCAACGUGGAUGCUGGCAAAAGCACGCUCCUGGGGGUCCUGACACAUGGGGAGCUGGACAAUGGCCGAGGCUUUGCCCGUCAGAAGCUCUUCCGCCACAAACACGAGAUUGAAUCUGGUCGCACCAGCAGCGUGGGCAACGACAUUCUGGGCUUUGACAGUGAAGGCAAUGUGGUGAACAAGCCGGACAGCCAUGGUGGCAGCCUGGAAUGGACAAAGAUUUGUGAGAAAUCCACUAAGGUGAUUACCUUCAUUGACUUGGCUGGCCAUGAAAAAUACCUGAAGACCACUGUCUUUGGCAUGACAGGUCAUUUGCCUGACUUCUGCAUGCUCAUGGUGGGCAGCAAUGCUGGCAUCGUGGGGAUGACUAAGGAACAUCUGGGCUUGGCAUUGGCACUCAAUGUGCCUGUCUUUGUGGUGGUCACCAAGAUUGACAUGUGUCCUGCCAACAUCCUGCAAGAAACCCUGAAGCUGUUACAGCGCUUGCUGAAGUCCCCAGGCUGCCGGAAGAUCCCUGUGUUGGUACAGAGCAAGGAUGAUGUGAUCGUUACGGCCUCCAACUUCAGCUCUGAGAGGAUGUGCCCGAUAUUCCAGAUCUCCAACGUUACAGGUGAGAACCUAGAUCUGCUGAAGAUGUUCCUCAACCUCCUCUCCCCCCGCACCAGCUACCGGGAGGAAGAGCCUGCUGAGUUUCAGAUUGACGACACCUACUCUGUCCCAGGUGUGGGGACAGUGGUGUCGGGGACAACACUGAGAGGCCUGAUCAAGCUGAAUGACACACUGCUGCUUGGCCCAGAUCCCCUGGGUAACUUCCUGUCUAUUGCUGUCAAAUCAAUCCACCGCAAGCGCAUGCCUGUCAAGGAGGUGCGGGGGGGCCAGACAGCCUCCUUUGCACUGAAGAAGAUCAAGCGCUCGUCCAUCCGCAAGGGCAUGGUGAUGGUUUCCCCACGCUUGAAUCCCCAAGCAUCCUGGGAGUUUGAGGCCGAGAUCCUUGUCCUCCACCACCCCACCACGAUUAGCCCACGCUACCAGGCCAUGGUGCACUGUGGGAGCAUCAGGCAGACGGCUACCAUUCUGAGCAUGGACAAGGACUGCCUGCGCACGGGGGACAAGGCCACUGUGCACUUCCGCUUCAUCAAGACCCCUGAGUACCUGCACAUAGACCAGCGGCUGGUGUUUCGAGAAGGCCGCACCAAGGCCGUGGGCACCAUCACCAAGCUCCUCCAGACCACCAACAACUCCCCGAUGAAUUCAAAGCCCCAGCAAAUUAAAAUGCAGUCAACAAAAAAGGGUCCCCUGACCAAACGAGAAGAAGGAGGCCCCUCUGGAGGGCCAGCAGUAGGGGCGCCCCCCACUGGAGAUGAAGCUUGCUCUCCAGGGGCUGUGCAGCCAGCUUUGUCCAGCAGUCUCCAGCCACAGCCCAAGCCCAGCAGCGGGGGCCGGCGACGGGGGGGCCAGCGUCACAAAGUGAAGUCCCAGGGGGCCUGCGUGACUCCUGCCAGCGGCUGCUGAAUCUCCCCGGCCCACCCCCACCACCCAAGGGAUCCUUGUACUCUGGCCACUGUUCUACCACGUGGGCCAGAGCAGCUCUGAUCACCACCCGCCCUCCCCCAGGCCACAGCGGAGCCUCAUCAUUCCCCACCCUCUGCCCCCAUUUUCCAGGGGGGUUGUAAUUUAUAAGCUGAGGAAGGUGGCCAGACUUCUGGAGGACUGACCAUCAUCCACCUUCUUCCCUGCCUUCUUCCUUACUCACAUUUUUUGUACAUCUGGGCCCUUAGUUUUUAUUCUUUUUAUUCUCUCGUUAGUGUGUGUGUGUGUGUGUGUAUGUGUGGGUGCGCGUGCGCGCGCGCGUGUGUGUGGGGGGUGCAGAAGUGUAGCUGGUCAGGGCCCUGGCAGUCUUUCUCCUUUUUUCCUCUGUGGCUGGCCACCAGCCUCCAGGAGCUGGCUGCCUGCCCAUCUGUCCAUCCGUCUGUGUGUCUGACAACCUUUAGGGGCUUUCAGGAGCUGAAGAGCACCCUCCUCCCCUGUGCUCACUCCUCUGCACCCAGAGCCCUCCACAGAGCCAGACUCGGGGCUUAGGGGCUUCGUAAGUGCUGCUGCCAGAGCAGGGAGCCUUCCUUCUGCGACUGGGGGGCUUUUAGCAGAAUGGAGAGUGGUAGCCUCCUUUUCUCUCUCUCCUCCUUCUCCCCGCCCCCUUAAGCCCCAAAACAGGUAAUGCCAAAAUCUCUUAAGCUGUAGCCUCUAGAUGUGUGGAGGGGAGUGGCACUUGGGUUGUAGGAACCUCCCUGCCCCUAACUCUGACCCUUGCCACUGACCCAAAGACAAAUGGUGGUUUUCCUUUCCCCUUGGAGACAAUCCUGUGUUUGCCUGGCCAGGCCAGGGCAACUCCCAUUGUGCUGAUUUUGAGCUGGGGGCUCUGGCCCUUGAACUUUCUAUGAAUCUUAUUGGGCCUUGGGGCACUAAUGACCUGGACUGGGAUUGGCUUGCUCUGGGUCCCGCUCACCAGCACCUCCUGUUGGUGGGGGUGUGAGGUGUUCCUCUGAGCCAGGCCAGGACUGGAACCCCUUCUUCCCCACUGCAGCCCCACCAUGUUGCCCCAGCAUGGCUGCUACAGGAGCACAACAGGGAAGGGCCUGAGCCCCAGUUUUGGAAGCCCCAUUUGGGGUGUGGGGAGGGCAGGUAAGGGUAGUGAAAAAGAUUGUUCUAGGCCCAGCACAGAGCAUUAACCCCUCUGGAAGAUUCACUGCCUGGGGUGGGGGUGGGGUCAGGGUCACUCAGGCCAGCGACGGCAGUGUGGGGCCCACACCAGCCUGGCCCGAGCUGUGGCCAGAAGCCCUGGUUUUAGGGUGGACUGGUGGGUGGAGAUGUGUUCUUUCUAGCCAGGGCAGACACCCAGCUGGCUGGGUCCUUCCUCAGCCUUGCCUCCCUCCCAUCCCCAACCGUCCUUCAUUCUUCCUGCUUCUGGACUGCUGGUCCCCUCACCUCCCCUCCUUCCAGCUAUUUCCAGUUACCACUGACCCAUGGCCAUGGACUGACCAGACCAGCACAAAAAAUAAAAGUUUGUUCCAAGUUGACGGUGUCCUGUUCCCUGCCCCGGCCCCCCAGGUGGAGGUGCCGCCACGGGGAGUGCUGGCUGUGCCUGCCCCCGAGCCCCCAGCUGCAGCGCAGGGCAGGGGCGGGAGGAGCCCAGCUUCUCUCAGACACGCGUGGCUUCAAAAUGCAGGCUCCUCUGGCAGAUGUGACACGGGACAAGUUGCCAGUCUUCCCUGAACCUAUUCCUCAUCUAGAGCGAGAGGUAAACAAAUGCCUGUGUCGUGGUGGUUGUGAGGCUUCAGCGGGAGAGCGUGUGGUGAGGCUCUGAUGUACCAGCCUGUGGGAGGCGCCGCGGACUGGUCCCCCUGCUGCUGCCCGCCGCGCCGGCUCCCAGGUCCUCGGGGCAGUGGGCAGGCGUGCAGGGAGAAAGGGGGCGUUGACAUGUGUCUGUGCUGGAUGUCUCCCUCACUUAGGCGCUUUCAUUUUGAAGCUGUCAUCUAGGAGAGAGGUGGCGGUCCCUUUUUCUAGUUAAGGCAACUGAAGCUCGGAGGAACAGCGCCACCAUUGGGCACGUUCCUGCCCGCACCAGCCCUCAGCCCCAGCCGUCAGUAGGCGGCCGCUCUGCCCAGUGGCCUUGGGCCCCUGCCUGUCCUUUGUGUGCUAGUUCCUUCUUGCUUUUUGACUCUGGUCCUGCUUAUAGGGGCUGUUGCCCACUGGUACCUUCGUAAGAGGAAGGCUGCAGCAUUGAGCACCCCUCUGCUCUCUGUCCCCAUGGCAGGUGCUGUGGAGCCCGUGUUUCCACAGGACUUCACUAGGGUGGGACCUUGUUUGAACUCUUUUGCCACUAAGAGCAUAACCACUUUCUUUACAUUUGGAAGCUGUGGUCUCCACCCUGGCCUCUGCCCUCAGACGCGCAGGAGGUUGGUUUGGAUCUCAGUGGUCACCAGACCCACGCCUGCUAGCAGGGGCUGACUGAAUACAGUGUUUUACUGUCAUUAACAGGGACUCCACAGGUCCUCUACGGGUCUCAGCCCUACCGACUCUCACUUUGGAACAAAACACCAGCCCUUUUAUAGCUGAUAAAGAAUAAAGUUGUUAAUCAUCUCGAA